UGCAUUUGUGAUGGCCGAUCGGAGCGUUUAGACAUUGCUAGUUGGCGCUUUUGUUGAGGUGUUUGUACUAAUAUAUAAACGCUGGUGCUUCGUCAGGAAGAAUCCUUUCAUUAAUCUACCGCUUUGGCUUUUUGUCAUGGAAGUUCAUGCGUCUCCAGAAGAUUUGCGUGGUUGAUGGAGAGCGCAAAACACAAUGUACGCUUUCCGUAAGGCUGAGUUGGUUGGAAAGCGCUUUUUGUGUGUCAGGGAGAAAAAUUCUCUUCGGCCAAACUCUAGAUCUAGCCGUGUGUCCAACCCACUGGGAUAUCAGUGGAAGGUUGGAGUGAUAAGAGCUUGUAGUGAAAAGGAUUUUCAUCAUCCCGAGUUAAAGGUAAGAGUGAUCGUUAGUACAUUAUCAGCUGCUCGAGUUCAAACUUCUCAAGCAGUUGGUGCUUGAAUCGCUGACUGGUCAUUCAACCUGAAAUUAAUUCUCUUCCGAAAAGCAGACCUUCUUCACCGAAAGAGAGAGAGAGAGAGAACUGUGUCGCAAGCUCAAUGCUUUUAGUUUUGUGGAAGACGCUAUUUUUGUCUAUAUAACUGCGAACGUGUAGCUAAAAUUAGGUCGCUGGUGGAAUUGUUCGCUUGUUGAAAAACAAAACCCGUCACAUACAUGCAAGCUUUUUCGAGAAAUUCCAACAUGUGAUAGAACGGUAAAGCAUUUGAAAGCAGAGGUACAGAAAAGAAAUAGUUUUUAAUGGCAAGAUUCAUGGAGAUCUCUCUAGUUUAUUUUCUAUUCCAAAUCUCCCACGGAUUCAUAUUUUCGCUGUCUCAAGUGGUGAUUGUACUGUGGUUGUGCGUGAUCCAUCUUCGAAAUGUACAUGCAAUAAAUCCAAUACUAUAGCUAACACUUUGAAAUGUAUAUGAACAGUAUUGAAUUGUUUGCUGUUCAUUUCUGCUUGGAAAUCGUUAGUUUUAAACAUGCCUCUGUAAAUAACUUCACGCCUAGCGUUUCUUGUUGACUGUUGGGUUAUUUGGGGAUUCUUCGAGACAAGUUAUUAAACAGUUAUCUUCCGGAGUUUUGGAUAUAACGGAGUAUUUAUCCACAAAAUUGUUAGUUCUUGAUGUAAAACCGCUUUUACAUGUUAAGGAUGGAAAUUAAUGAAGGAAAAUUUUUAUUCCUAAGCAACAAUUUCAGGGAAGAAAAGAAUGUUUCAAACAUGUUGUGUAUAGUUGUAAAUUACACAAUUUCAGAACUUUAAAUUUCUGGAAAAUUUUUAUACUUAUGUCCUUACACAGCAGAAGCUCUUUUACGGUUGCGAGUCACCAAUACAUGCACAUACAUGUAUAACAAACCCUUGUCAGGGAAUGAGAAAGAAUAUUUAAUUGCAGCUCUCAAAUUUGCUUGUCCCAGGCAGUUGCAUGCUUGUUGUAGUUCACUUUUCUUAUGAGUUAAUAUCAUUAGAAGGUGACUUGCCUGGGUGUCACAAAGAGCUGGUUCCUGGCCAAUUUUCAGUGACUGAAAAAGAGCUUACCACUACUUGCUCAAACCAUGAUGUGGGGUUAUUUUGAAGGUGCAGUUGAGAAGAUGGCUUGACUAAUUAAAAAGCCUUCUUAGCUACAUAUAUAACUCCACUAUAUCCUUGCCAGGGCUCCUACCCAUUGGGCAAGUGUCUAUGAAAAUUUAAUUGCCUGGUAAAAAUAUUCUAUUAGUCGCGCGCGAUUGGACAGGAUGUUUUUCAAUCUCUGCGAGCAAUAGUAGUUUGUUACCUCUGGGUUUAACCCUUUAAGUCCCAAUGGUGACCAACAUCAAUUUUCUCCUAACAAUAUCCAUACAAUGUCAAGAGAUUAGGUUAUGAGAAUUAAUUAAAUGAUCACCAAAGAGAAAAUGCUUUGAUCUUUUAUCAAACUCUCUCAACUUAUUCUUCAAAGAAAUGUAUAGAGAUCAGUUUGGAGAAUUUGCUCGUGGAUAUUGGGGCUUAAAGGGUUAAAAUGGAAUGCAUGGAACAGGUUUUGAAAUGACACAUGCCUGUUACGGCAAGCUUUAUUUCCUAGCUGCAUGCCACUUAUACAUGUAUCGGGGCUCAACACUGUUCCAAAAGUUUUCGUGAUGUUUUAUCACUUAUCAAAAGAGUCCUUUUGACCAUUCUGACCACAGGAUUUGUAGAGUCUUGAAUUCUUGGAAAAGUCUGGGAAAUAGAGAUAAAGUCUGAAAAAUUGUAAAAAGUCUGGAAAAUAACAGAUUAACCUAAAGUGAUUUAUUAGUGAAUUUUUUUCCCCUGCCCAUUCGAUCUUGCUUAUAGCCAAGACAUUCAAUCACAGAAUAAGAAGUUUCAGAACUCUCUUAUUUCUACAUAGCACUGUUGUUACUGUACUGUAGUGGUGCGUCAUGAAAAAAGCUUGGUUCCUGGGUUUUUCAAGGUCUCUGUUGAUCACCUAUUUGGUAACCUUGAGUCUGGAAAAGUAAAUUACUGUUUUGGAAGAAAAGGCUGGAAAAAGUCUUAAAUUUUGGAUCCAAAAAUCUGUAUGAACCAUGACCAUUAUUGGGUUGCUGUGGUUUGCUAUGUAACAUCCACUUCCAUUUUUUAAGCUAGGCUGCAAGACACUAGUAGAGCUUUUCCACUACCCUACCUAAAACGUUGUUAAGUUCCCUAACUACGUGUAUGUUGUGUAUAUUUAUUGUAUUGUAAUUUGGAUAAUUAUCUUUUUAAUGGAUGUGUUGUAGGUUCUUGUUGAAUAUGAUAAUGAGGACUGGACUACUCGGGAGUGGCUCACCAUCUAUGAUGGAAGCUGGAAGAUAUUCUUGGUGGAAAAGACAAUGGUUUGGAGUCAAAGGCCUGAUCCAUCCAAUCCUAGGAGACCACUGCUUUGGCCUGCUUUGGUAAGAACCAUAAUUAUCCUGCAGACUUGCAUUUUUUUAGACAAAAAAGGAGUAUCCUACACAUUUUUAUUGUGCAUACUCAGCUUAAAUUAACAAAUAUUAAUUUAUUGAGUUACAUAAAGUAUUACUGAAAUUAGGGGAUCAUAAUAUUAUAAUAAUAUAAACAUUUAUAUUGUGCAGUUUUCAUGGCAAGAUGAUCAAUUGCAGAUUACGGUUUUCAUAUAAUUUUUUUAAAAUUAAUUCUAUAAAUUCAGUCACAAAGUGUUGAACAGGUUGCUGAUGACAAUGAUAAUCAUGAUGACGAUGAUUUUGAUGAUACUGAUGACGAUGGCUUUCUAUUACAGACGUUUUCCCCUCUUGUUGAUAAACACGGAUUAAGUGAUGAGGAUCGACCUGUACCAGUGGAAUUUGUUGGAGAUCAUGAAAGGUAAACUUGAUUUGCUUCAGGUGCACGUACAAAUUGUAUGGAAGCCAGGUAAGUUAUGAAUACAAAAAAAUUCGUAGGGCUUGUCAUGUUUCCAGAGCCUUGUUCAUCCUUUUAUUGAUAAAUGCGACAGUUUGUAAUUGAGUCUUGAUUUCGUCUCUUUUUGUUUUCUUUGAAAUACACUUUGCUCCCCUUUUUUUAUACCUCCCUGGUGUACAGGGUAUUUUAGGGACUAGCGACAUAAUGAAUGUUAAACUAGCUGGAUCAACAGCGUCUUUUCAUCAAAUGUGUCUCAAAAUAAAAUUAUUGUCUCAGGCAUUAUCUGUGCACUUUCAUUAAUUUUUUGCCUUUUAAAUCCAAUACUAGUGUUUUAAUUGUUUUUCUAAUGUUUGCAUACGUAGAAUGUUUGUGAGAGGUGAUGAGUGCCGUCCAUAUGGCCAGGUAAUUCUGAAUGCUACUGAUGAUUACACAUUUUUGCUACGUUUUUUUAUCUUUAAAAGUUAUACAAGCGAGUACCGUAUUUAUUCGAUUAACCGCCCUGGGCGCUUAUUAAAUUUUUGGACCUUGCGAGUGGGCGCUUAUUCGAGGUGGGCGCUUAUUCGAGGCUGGGCGCUUAUUAAAUUUUCACCAUUUUCAGCAAGUGAAGUAUGUUUAUUUUGCAACAAAACAAUAAAUGCUAAUAACAAAACGCGAAGAAGUAACAAAGCAAGGUUUUUGUAAAAUACUCUGAAGAAAACUCCGUCCUCGGGAAAGUCUCUUAUUAAAAUUUAUUCACUCAAGUGGGUGGGGUGGGGGUGAGCUCUUAUUUGAGUUUGAUUGGGAGGAGGAGGGGGUGGGCGCUUAUUCGAGGCUGGGCGCUUAUUAACUUUUUCUGCCAUUAGGAUGGGCGCUUAUUCGAGGUGGGCGCUAAUUCGAGGUUGGGCGCUUAUUCGAAUAAAUACGGUAGUUGAUUGCUUUGGUGGUUAUCAUCUGACAAAUUCAACUCGCACAUUUUCAUCUUGAAACUUUCCUUGUGUCUGCCCCCUCCAUGUCACCCCCCCCCUUUCCAGAGGCUCAGAGACCUAGAUUGAGGAUUUUGCUGGGAAUGAGAAAAAGUUUUCUUUGCAAGUGAAUUCCCCCUCAAAAUGAUUUAUUUUUGCAAAAGUUAUUAGAUGUUUCUUGUGUGUAUUGAAUGCAAUGAUAAGUAUCGGUAAAUCUUUCUUACCGGUAAUUUAAAUCUUUGAGCUGUGUUCUUGAUGAGCUUGGGGGCAUAGUAUUGUUUUCUUUUAAUCCCUUCAUGUUGUGGUCCUCAACGCCUUGCCCCAUUAAAAUGUUUCCAGAGAGAAAUUCAUUUAGGGAAUAGACACUGCUGGUUGAUACAUGAAGUUACAGUAAGUAACAACAAAAAUUGUUGCCACCUAUCAUUAUUUUAUUGUAGUCCCAUUGGAAAAGAAUUGAAGAAUAGUUUAUUUUUCAUAGGUAACUACUGCUGUAAGCAAAAUAGGGAGUGUUAGCAUCGACCAACAGUAAAAAUGUCAUUUUGAAAAUGCAUUUGCAUUUUUUCAAACGUUGUCGCAUUUAUUCCAAUUCGCUGAAAAUGUCAAUGCAGGUGAAUUUCCCUAGAGUUGAUUUUUUGGGGACUGUUCUCAAGUUUAGAAAGAGAAAUGAAAAUAAUUCUUGGUCGCUUGUUUAAGUCCUCCAUAAAGCGUCAAAUCAGGCAUUUCCACGUUGUAGUCGUGCAGUGACAGCAAAGAAAUGUACAAAAAACAUGAAGCACAUGAAAGUUGUUGUUUUGCUUAACAAACCCACUGCACAUUUGGAGUUCCUGUUGGCUUCACCGUCGCUGUUGUCGUUGCUAAAGCUCCCUAAUACAGAUGUCUGUACUUUACAUGGACAUGUCUUACACUCUGUUAAUAGUACUACUUCUAUAAAACAAUUUUUUUUUUUAAAAAAAGAAAGGUAUCUCAGGCAUUAAUUUGUUGAGGAGAAUUCUGCAGUGUAAGCUGAACUGGUUUCAACAGUGUUUUGCAGGAGAAAAGGUUUAGCAGCAAAUAUGAGCUUGUUUCAAAUAUUAUUGAUUUUGCACCAAAGCACAGUGUAUUGAACAUCAAGAUUUCCUUUUUCAAAGAUCAAAUUUCUAAAAUUUUGUCCAUUUAAAAUAUAUCCUCUUUUAGGAUGAUGAUGGUCUUCAACCAGCUUUGAGAAAUAACCCCAAUGUUAUGGAGGAACUGCGUGAUUGGCAACGAGUUCAGAAAUCUCAGUCUAUUCUUCUUGAUGGUAACCUUCAUUGUUACUCUUUAAAUUACCAUUACGACAAUAAAGACCUUUGGAUUGGAGGACAAGGAUGACUGUGCAGACUAGAUUUGACUUAAAAUUUUUUCACAUACAGCCUUUAUUCUCCAAAAGUAGACACCUCUUAACCCUUUAAGCCCCAAUAUCCACAUACAAAUUCUCCAAACUGAUCUCCAUACAUUUCUUUUAUGAAUGAGUUGAGAGAAUUUGAUAAAAGAUCAAGGCAUUUUCCCUUAGGUGAUCAUUUUAUUAAUUCUCAUAACUUAAUUGCUUGACAUUGUAUGGAUAUCGUUAGGAGAAAGUUGACGUUAGUCACUAUUGGGACUUAAAGGGUUAAAGCGUCAUUGUACUUUUUUUUCAUUAGAAAAGUUAGAAGUUUUGUUUUUAUUGAAAGAGGUUUUAAAAGCCUUUUCCCGAUCACAAAAUGAUAAAACUUCUAACAUUUGACAACUUGCUUCCAUCACUAUGACAUUCUUUCUAAAACCUCAAGUAGAAUGAUGACAGCUAUUACACUUUCCCACCAAAAUGACGCUGGUUCACUUGUGUACACUACUUCUAAAUUAUGUCAUUGAGAAAAUCUUGUACUCGUACCUAUAGCCAUCCUUGUCUUAGGCCUCUAAUGUUAAUCUGUGUAUAUCUGUAGUUUUAUCAGUUACUAGUGAUACAUUUUUAAGCCAAUUCAUGGAAAGCAUUGUGUCUUGCACAUAAUACUCUGUGGUGUCUUGAGUACAGUGGAACCCAGCCCUAUGGCCACUGCGGUAAUACAGUCAUCAUUUUUUUCAGCUGUUCUUAAUACGGUCACCCGCUAAUACAGCUAGCAGCCACAUUUUAAAAUCCCAAACAAAAGAAUCCUUUAUAAUUUCACCCCGUUGGCCACUUGUUUGAAAUGUAGAAAAUUAAAGUGCCUGUGACAUGUCAAUUGAGCUGACCUAGUACAUGUAAGCUGAGUCUGUUCUUCUACUGUUUUUAGACCACAGCCCACAAACGUCUUAGAGUGAUGCAUUUUACAUUCCAAAAUAAAAAAAGAUUAUGUUAACUUUUGUAUUUACUCUCUUUUUUCUUUUGAAAAGUGAUUGAUUUUUCACUUUGCUGCCUUAUUCUCACUUUCUAGGUCCUUUCACUCUGACUGGAUUUAGAGUCCAAGUUUAUCGGUGAGCAGCUUCCAAAAUAUUAUAAUUUUUUGAACAUAAUGUUUUUGUUUUUAUUUGUAAUAAUAACCUUUGUAGAGGAGCUGUUAUUUUUUCACAGAACAUAUUCAGCAGUUUAGGUCUGUUGUCAUUAUUUUAUUUUUUGUGUAAGAGAUCUAUCGUAUGAGUUUGGUGUGUGAUAAGUUUCAAAGAAGUAGCUGUUUGCUUUUCUUAUGCUGUACACUCUGACAACUCAGGCUCAUUAAAAAAUCAUAGGGUGCCUUUGGCUAACUCUUGGAUUAAGUAUUUUAGAAGUGAAAGCUGAUAAUGAACUUGUAAUUAGUCUACCCAUAUUCUUUAUAUCAGUCAAAGUCACAUGCAAUUCUACUGACCCAGCAGACUAUCUUAACUUCAUUUAGAUUGACCCAAAUUAGAGUUUAGUUUGUCUCAUGAAAAGUUUGACGAUUGGACUACUAGGCCUUAAUCUAGUAAACAAUUUGUGUUCCUUUAGGCGUACAAAUUGUAAAACGGGCAGAGUCCAACAUCUUAACAUGUAAAUUGUGUGCGUGAGUUAUUUUAUAAUCCUUUUUACUGGAUUACUGUGUAAAAACUCGAAUGUAUAAACCGCAAAAGGGGGUAGCCUGAGUAUCAGGCGUUUCUGGGGAAAAGGGGAAAAAUGGAAGCGAAAAAGGAAGAGAGGUGAAGGAAAGAAAUGCCUGACACAGAUGCUUUUACUGGAGCCUUCCACCCUCACACAGCAUGAUUCGAUACCAUCCAAUCAAAAUCACUUCCGGUCAAUGGGUUGUCAGCUUCACGUGUCAAAAAGCUCGCCUGAAAUAAAUCUCACUUAACGGUCGGGCCGAGCUCCGGUGCUUGUGUUGCUACGAUUUCGCUUUUUUCUGAAACCUCCAAUGAGGAGUUUUCGAAUACUUGUAAUGUAAAACCUGCCAUUUAUGAGGAAUUAUAACAGGGUUUAGGAAUUGUGCUAGUGUAAGAUUGCCAACGCUCGCCUGGUUUGUAAACAAACGUGUGCCCGGAAAAUUAUAAAUUGUUUUUGUUUACAGAGUUAAAUCAGGCGCUUGUCUGGCAGCUAAAAAGCUGGUGUUAUCCCUCGUAUUCUCGGGUGGUUGAAAGGAGCUGUAAGAAUAUAGGAAGGUGCGAUAGUGACACACCUAUGCCUAGAAAUUAUCAAGCGGCAGCAGAUUCCACCACUUCACAGAGAGCUCGUGAAAGCCGUUACAAGUUCAAAACAAGUGAGAGCCUAUAGCAAAGGUCAAUCCCGCUGGCGAAAUAUGAUGGCUCCCGCUUGAGCUUAAGACAUUUCAAAAGUGAGAAGAUUUUGGAAGAGGAAGCGAACGAAUUCCAAUCACGUACGUUAUCGUAACCGCAACAAGCAAAGUCAAGCUUUUUAAAAGCAUUGGUGCUGUCGGCUAUCCCCGCGGCUAUCUCAAUACAUGGCUACCUCGCUCUAUUUUCAUUUACAGUAAUAAUACCCUUUUAACGGCAGGAUGUUGUAAAUCUGAACUUAGAUAUCUGAAACACUGAUAUCGUCUUCUUUGUCCCGGUCUUGUGAAACCAAUACUCGGCCGAAGAUGGUAUAUGAGGCUUUUCCUUACUUCGAGUACAUGUUUCCUUUAAACUACGAGGCCUUGAAAACACAAUUCUUGCUCGGGUUUUAUUUUUAUUCCUGGAAAGAACUUGAGAGCGCCCUCUAGAGCCUUUUUUAAUUCCUCUCUGCGUCUCUGUCUGUAAAAGCAUCACAUACCGGUAACAUGAAAUCAAAACAUCUAUGAAAAAUUUCAAUGAACGUCUCCUUGCCGAUCGCUCUUGCGGUCGGUGACGUCAAGGGGUAUUGUGUGUUAUCCAAUGACUGCCACAUCCAUAUUUUGGAUGUGUCACACGAUUUGCUGAAUGGUUUUGUGUCAGGCCUUCCUUUCUCUUCUCCCCCUCCCCCCUCCCCCAUCUAAAAUCUCCUCUCCCCUAACCCCGUAGGAAGGCCUGAUACUCAGGCUAAAAAGGGGGCAAAGUCCAUCACUUUCUCGUGCGAGCUGUGUGACAGUAAAUCCCAUGCAGACUGGCUAUUCACAUAGUAACUUGAACGUGUGAAGACCUGUUUAGUUUUGUUACCAGUGCCUUAAAAAAGGUUCUUGUCUUUUGAGAAGCAGUAGCUUUUAAAAGGUGAAGAAUUAAGUCGUCAGCGUUAGAGACUGUUUCAUUGAGUAGAAUCGCAUUUGAAAUUACUCCCUGUUAGAUUGGGGAGUUGAAGAGGAAUUGCUGAUCUCUUUGUCAUGUUUAUUGCCUGGAACGGUUGAUCUAAGAUGACUGUCAUUUUCAUUUUGGUUACUCUUUUCUGAGCCAACUAAUUAUGAAAGUGUCUACACUUGAGUGACACAUUUGCAUAUUACAGUGCCCAUAACAACUCAUUCCUUACGCUACGCUUAAUCCACAAAUUAAAAAGAAGCAGGUAACAAGAAAAUACUAAACAACUUUUAUUGCCCUGAAAAGCUACAUUUACAAUGUAUUAUUUUAACUACGCGUAUGAUGGUACAGUCUGCACAUUGUCACACCUUUGUUAACUUCUUAUUUUUAGACAAACUUGUCGACAGUGGUAUUCAGCUGUGAUCACUGGGCAUGACCUUAUGUCAAGGGUAGGUUUUGAAAAGAAGACAUUUCAAUGCCCAAAUUAAUGAAAUUACCAAGAGAAGGAGAAAUUUGACUUCAGUACAUGGCCCUGAAAAAUUCCAAACACUGUAUGAAAAAUGAUUGCAAAGUCUCAUACCUACACCUCCAGCAACAAAAGUGUAUCAAUUUGCUGAAGUGUCCAGAAUUGCUUUAUAGAUCUUAAAGAACGAGAAACUGUUUCAAAGUUAAAUCUAACAGAGUUCUUGCUUGUGGGCUUUUACUGUACAUGAGAAAGAUGCUUUUUGGUCAGUGACCGAGGUGGCUUGGAAGAAACAAUCUGUGUACAUGUGCCUGUACUCCCAAUAGAAGUUGAGCAUACAUGUUCAACCUUCAGGUUACUAUCGAUUACUAGUCCAGAUGAUCUACCACCAAGUUCCCAUAAGGCUCCUUUAGCUUACUGGUAGAGCAUCUGGACUACUGGUACAUGAAAGAACUUCUACUGCAGUUGACGACAAACCUAGAUACUCACUAUGCUUGUCAACUCAACACCUGCUUUUUGAACCAAAGAAUCAAAAACUAGAGAUACAUGUAGAGCCUUUGAUGUUGUGGAAGCUAAGCUAUAAAACUUGAUGCCCAGCUUUAUACAUGUAUGUUUGGCCAGCUCUUUGAGUAGUUUUAAUAGCUGAGCUUAAACUUUCCUUUUUAAGAGGGGUUUUUCUCAUACUCACUACUCACUACUCUCAUGCUUUUAAUGUUAUUUGUCAUUUGUUUAACAGGAGCUUUCUUGUAUGGAUGAUACUGUCUUGCAAACUCACAGAGUUGAUCCAAGGCUAACCCAAGUCAUUCUUCUAGCUAAUGGUACGGUUUAUUUCUAUUUUUGAUCGAAUACCACAAACAUGUAACCAGGGCUCAAGAAAAGGUCCUUCCGUUAGUCUGGGACAAGUACAAUGUAGAUUUCCUUGUUGGGGAAGUAAUUUUCAAAGCUUACAUGUCCAGGCAAGUCAGCCUCUAAAAUAAUCAUUAACUGAGACAAGCAAGAAGUGGCCCUGAGCAUGCAAAAUGUGAGAGCUCCUUGCCCGAAGGACAAGCUUGGGUUCGUGUUUUUUUUAAGCCCUGUGUAACCAUGCGUAAUAGCCUGCUGAAAGUCUUUUGAUCUUAAUACCCAAUUUUUUUCUUUUAGAAACUGAAUUGGAUAGCCUUCUGCGGGGAGAGCUUGUCCGUGUACUACCCAUGAGACAGCAUCGCCAUUCUCAAGUUAUCAUUACUGCACCAAUGACCACUCAAACCACUACUAAUUCUCUCUCUUCUGCUGCACCAACGGUGAGAUUACAAAUUACAAAAGGAAUGGUAACACACUUGUCACCAAACUUUUUACUCAAAAUUUAUCUCAGAUUGAGCUGUGCACCUUUUCAGUAACAAAUGAUCCCAAAAGGAUUUUUUUAAGUACCAAAUGAAUCUUCUUCAAAUGAAUCUGGACAGGCAUAGUAAACAAUGUAAAAAUGUUAACGUCUUGAAAAUAAUUAUUGCAAUUGCUAAAAAAGAAAAUCACUAAUAUUUCUUAACACUAAGUUCUAAUCUCAUAACUUGCUUGAGAUCAUAAUCUUAUUAUUUGAUUGUUUGAUUGUAGUAAUGGAACAUCCUUUAAUUUUAUCAUUUUGUCAGACCUGGCAAUUGUAUGCUGGAUUGACACAUUCUACAAAUUCCAACAACCAUUUACAGGCAUUAAGUUCUACACAAGCAGUAUUUUCAAGUCCUGCAGUCUCUACUGUAACAAACAGACAGAUUUCUACGCGCUCACCACCAAACGUGCAUAGUACAGACACAAAUAAGGAAAGAAAAAAGUCUACUGAAACAAGGCAAGUUGAGAGAAUUCUUAUUAAUCAAUUGUUUGCUUUUUGCCAACGUCAGUGAAAAGUGAUGGGAUUUUAUUGUUAGGUGGUUUCCAGGUUGCAGGAAGAUUGCAGAAAGACAUAUGCUUUUAAAGAGAAACAUUCUGUUAGUGUGGUUGAUUGAGUUGAUUUUGUUACUAUUAGUCAUGUGUCCUUUUAAUAAACAUUUUUUCAACGAAGAGAAGGAUUUGGCGACCUUUAAGGAAAAGGAGGAGCAAUUUGUGAAAUGUAAAGUCAUUGCUCGAAUAUUGUUUCUAGCUCUGAGAUCAGGGUAGAGUCAGAAUUUUUUUGUCUUAAUUUAUACAUGUAUUGUAUGCCAACCAUUUUCAGUGAAAUUCAAAAGGCAAUCUGAUCUAACCAGACAGCGCCAAGCCAGAAGAGCCUUUCUGUUGCAUGACCAAUACUGUUAAAUAUCUGAUAUCUCUUUGUCUUGUUAAUUUUUUAAAGGAACAGUAGCUCUGCUUCUCGCAGAGUUACAAGAUCAGACUCCACAAGCAGCCCAACAUCAUUAAGUGAUACUCAACAGCGCACACCCCAAACUAUUCAGUCACCCCUAACAACUCCAUCAGCCACUUCUCUCUCGUCAAGUAUCAGAAGUGUGUCUCACACAUCCAGUCAACAAAGCUACAAAACUUCACCACCUGAUGCUCACACUAUGUCUCCAAAGAGGUCAAGCUCAUCUAGUUCCUUGGGAUCACCUUCAUCAAGCUUACAAAAGAUGUCGCCUAUAAAACAACCAGCGUCUCCAAAGACAUCUCCGUCAGUCUUACAUUAUGGUUCUCCGUCAAAAGCAGGCAUGAGUAACAUGGGAAGCCCAUUUAGGUCCAACCCAUUCUGCUCAUCUCCUGACAUGUCUGUGGCCACUAUGGCAAGUCCAUUGUCUGGGAUGUCCCAUAUAGGAAUGUGUUCACCUGGCCAUAUGGUUUAUUCCCGUGCACAAAGCCCUCAUCCUCUCUACUCUCAUAGUAUGGGACAUCUCAACAUUUCACCUCCUCAGCUGUACGCACUUCAGCUUCAGCAGCAACAGAAGCAGAUGCUGUCUCCUGAACAACAAGAGUUUCUGGCCAAGCUACAACACCAGCACUAUCAGAGUCUUAUGAAUCAGUACCAAAUGCACCAUUACCAGCUCCAGCUUAUGCUUCAGCAGCAGGAGAUCAUGAAGCAGAUGCCGCUUACACUUGAACAACAGCAUGUUUUAGCAGAACGUUACAACCAGCUCCUUUACCAGUACCAAUGUGCGCAGAUUUUUCAGCAGCUCGCAGCUGUCACCCAGGACGAACAGCUGUCCGUGUAUCACGGCACUGAUGACAGAACACGGGUGCUUCCCGAGAGAAUUCAACAGCAGCUGCGUGAAGCACAGGAGCGACAAAAACAAGAGCUGCAACAUCUGAUGCCUAGGUUGGAGCCGGAGCAGCUGCAAACAUUCUUCACUUGUCUUCAGCAAAGAAGCAUGACAUCAGACCAAAUGAAAGAGCUGUACACUCUGCUGAUUCAACAACAGGAAGCACAGAAGAGGCAGCCUCAGCAAGAUGAACGGCAAAGAUCAACAAUCCAGGAUAUUCUUCGCCAGAAUCAGGUAAAGAUUGUGGUACAUCAAAUUGGAGACAUUCUACUAUAUUUCCCAUCCUGAAUCUUUCGUAUUUUUCCUUAAAACGGUGCUUUCCGUUGAGUCCAAACAAGGUAUGUCAAUACAUCUUAGCGAAAGAUGCAUCAGCCCAUUCUAAUUGUCCAGAUUAACAACUAGGAGCGCGGGCGCGGUCAACGGUUAGCGGUUUGGCUCAAGCGCAGUCAGCCUUGCUUGCAUCACCUCCAUGUGCCCAGUACAGCGUUUUCCUGGCGGCCACUCUCUUCGUUUAGCCUUUAGGUCAUUUGUUCUACCCCAUCUCUCUCCCCCCCACCCCUUUAUUUUUCCACUGGCAAAUCAGUGUGCGGGUACCUGGUUCCUUUGGCGUGGGGACUUAUGGCUGGAGGGCGCGGGUUUGCCAGCCAUGGAGACGUAACUCUGUCUAGGGGCUAGCUGUGCAAAAAGUGGAAGCCCCUGGACAUCCCGGGCACCCACCUCCAUUUACCUCACAAAUUUGAUUUGUCAAGUACUGUUGGACCCUUUUUCUCAGCAAUUCUGCAGUGAACCCAAAGAAAACUGUCAUUUUGACCUGUCCUUGCGUCGUGUUUCUGCUACUUGUCUCCCGACGUAUACAUACUGGGUGUUUUUUGCAGACGCCUGUUGCAGAGCAACGUGUUAUUGGGCUGCAUGUGGGAAAGCCCAAUAAAGUUCCGAGGAUCGUGUUUGUUAAAAAAAAGAAAAGCAAAAUGGCGGACGCAUAACCAAGAGGCUGUUGCGUGUCCAGUCGCUUCUGCACUGGGAAGAUUACUUGACUUUGGGGGGAGAGGGGAUAGUCAUUUCAGAUAAAUACAGUUUUGAAACUAUUUAAUAAACCACUGUGUCACGAAGCUGGCAGACCAGUGUAGCCCAGUUAUUGGAAUUUUGUUGAAAGGAGUUAGGAAGUGACAUAAGGAGUUAUUUUUAUUUCAACAGGAAGAUGUGAAGAAGAUUCUGCAAUUACAGCAGUCACCAUCACGCUCAAGAGAUGUUGAAAACAAAGACGAACCCAGACAGGAGGCUAGCAGCUCUUCAGCUCAACCGGAAUCGCCCUCAUCAUCAGCAUCAUCGUUCACUGUGCACUAUAUGCCCACUCCGUGUGACUCAGGGGACUCAUCUGAUUCUAACGGUAAAGACAAGCCUGAGAAAGAUGCAUCUGUGGGAAAAUCAACUUCAGAAACCUCAAAACCUGAAGCAAAGCCAAGUGUUGAUGAAAUAGAGCUCAAGUCAACAACCACAGAUGAAGAGAGAAGGUUUGUCGGAUUAAUUUAGAUUUCUGGGAAACUGCCCACUUACCCCUCCCCUAAGCCAUCAUUUUGCCGCAAGUGAGAAGUAAGUGUUAAUUUUAGCUUAGGGCAGGGGUAGGUGGCGAGUUUCCCAGAAACCUAAAUUUAUCCGGUUUGUUCUAUUCUUACUACUGUAUCUUCCUAUUUGUAGUCUGUGUGAUUGUUGUAAGAUUUUGAAGUUGAAUGCUACCUUCAACACAGUAUGACGGCAUUUAAUUUUCUUUUAUGUUUCUUGACAAGAAACCCUGUGUUAUAUUAAGAAAGUCAGCUCUCUCAUAAGCGACCAUGUCGCCACGUUUUCGUCCUAGAGACUCUUAAGUGAGCGCGAAUUUAGACCAAUUGCGACAUAUUAAGAUUCAUACAUGUACUUGUCCUCCAAGCCUUGAGAGUAUAACAACAAUGAAAAUCACCUUGAGGUUCAAGUAUAAACUAGAGAUCUUAAGGUUGAGGUUUUUCGGCAUUUUCUGCGAACCGCGAACGUCAAGAAGUCACGUGACCAGGGCCUUGCCGUCAGGUUUGCGGUUUGAGGUUCACGUUUGUGCUGCUAGAUCACGCUCUAGAGAUAAGUGAUUUACCGCAAGGUUUUUUGGCCCCUAAAACAUCACAAUCCCACGUUUGAGAAGAAAUACGACUUUUGAGAACUUUUUUGCUUAUUGAUUAUCGAAAUCUUUUUUUAAAAAAACGACAUUUUGAAAUCAAUUCCUCAGCUAAAAUAGAAGUGAGUUGUAAUGAAUACUAACAUGGCAGCCGCAAGCUACCAUCCGCGCAUCUUAAGUCUCAAAUAUGGGCAGACGUAUAAAGUGAAACCGUUAACUGCAAACCACAGUUUGUUGUUUGCAGUAAAAUGACCAAACCUUGAUGUUGAUUAAGAUCUUGUUACUUUCAUUGAUAAGUUAUUAGUAAAGUAGUCCUGUAAUUUAUGAUUUAUGGUCGUGAGAUUUACAGUGGUGUAUGUACUUUUUCUUUUAGUAGUUCACCACAUGCGAUCCUGGAAAAACUUUUACAACAUCAUUUGGAGGCCGUCAAAUUAGAAAGCAAACAGCAAGCUUCUGCGAAGGUUGGUGCUUGUUCUUGAUAUUUUUACUUAAAAAUUUUAAAAUGAUGAGAUACAAUGCAGUGCUUUGUAAUGCAACUGGGUGCCAUGCAAUCUCAUGCAAUACAAUGCAGUGCUUCCAACCAGCCUGCCCUCUACUCUCUAUACCUGGUCUUUUCUCGCCUGUGGUCUGUUGACGGCGUUAAUGUUUGUCCUUUUAUUAUAGGCUAGAAGAACGAGAGCCUCUUCGACAGAAAAGAGGACUAAAAGGCAAAGAAAAUCUGCUGAAUUAUCAAGCGCAAAAAUCCAAGAUGACGAGAAUAAUAGUGCAGAAAAAGAUAACCAAAAUUUCAGAGAAGCUGCCGUCACUCGCAAUUCGUUUACAACAGAUCCCCUCCCUUGUCCAUUAACUGGCGAUGUUUCAAGGGAGACCACGAACACUUCUGUCAACCACACGUUCUCUCUAAACGACAACGAUUCUGUUCUCAGCGAGCAAAAACUUCCAAAGAAUUUAGGUUUUGUUGAUUCUCAUCUAUCCGAACCAGAAAAGCAAAAUAAAACUGCGCAUGAGCAAGUGAAUACCUCAUUAAGGCCUGAGCAGAGAUAUCCCUUGGAAAGAGAGGACACUUCUCUGAUGACCAGUGGAAGAGUAGCGACAGGGGAUGUUGUGAAAGAAGCUCCUCGCGAGAACAUUAGGUUGAAAGACUCAACAAAGACGCGCAAAGAGAGAACACCUGUCAUGGACAAGCAAAAUAAGGUUGCGGAUAUUUCUAAAGAUAAUGCACAGGUCACGAAAAACGAAAAAGCAACGAGCUUAAAUCGGAAACUUUCGGAGAAGGCUUCAGCUAACAGCACAGCGGCAGAGCAAGCCCAGCCUUCAGAAUUAGUAAGUUUGCUAAAAAAGAAAUCCUCGAGGUUGGCAGAAGAAGUAAGGACUGAAGGCUCUAACAGUGUGGCCUCUAAGAACGUUACUGCAAAUGAACCGGAAGGUAGCGUGUUAGAGGAGACAUCUUCGAUUUCACUCCAAAACCAAGGCGCUAAAACCCAAAACAAUUUAUCUGCAAAGGACGUUACUGUGGAAAAGCCGCAAAGUCAGUUUUUUGGGUACACACCGCCAAUUUUCCCAGGAAAAGAAACCUGCAGUGGCUCUGAAAAUGUGUCAUCUAAGAGCAGUGUACAAGAUCGACCCACAGAGAGCUUAAUAGAGAAAAGGUCUGAGCAAGAAGAAGAUAAACGCACUGCUAAUGUUUUACCCGCUGUGACGGAGAAAGGUUGGUUAGAACUAACGACCUUAAGGGGCAAGAGAAAAACAUCUGGAAAGCUUACGGUUAUGGAACUAUCUAAACCUACUCCAUUGAGUUUGACUCGGAAGAGUUUUCAUGACGCAGCAAAGGCGGCUGCAGAUUUGUCACCGGACAAUCUGUCCAGAAAGUCACAGGAUAACCAGUCGGCUGCAGAUGUGUCACAGGACAACCAGUUCGGACAGUCAGAGGGUAACCAGUCAGUGCAAUUACAGGACAAAACUUCUGACGCGAUGGAAGUUGAUAAUUUCCCGGCUUCACAGAAACCCCCGGCGAUUCCCGAUGCAAGGCAGUUGACGAAAAAUUGUUUCUCUGUGUUUUCUUCCAAUUCUUCUGACCAUAAUGGAGACUUGUUUGCUGAAAAAGAGCUCAAAACGUACUCUAGAAGAAUCACUCCAAAUAAAAGGAAAUCUAUAUCUACCUCCAAAGAAAAUAUCACUGAAAGGAGUACUGUUAUCAGUAAAGUUUUAAAGAUGGAUAAUUCAGAAUCUCUGGAUGUUGAUGGCAACAAAAUAGAAGCUCAUGAAAAUGGGAACAAAAUGGACAACCAAGUGCUUGACUCUGACCUCUCAAAAGACUCUCAACCGGAACAGAAAUCUAUCAAAAGACAACAAAACUCUAGAACAAAGGGGAAGAUAUCUAGGAAAAAGUCAACCAGUGAAAACAAGAUUCCUGCAAAGAGAGCCAAAAGCGGGGAUAGUAACUGCGAUAACACUGAAGCAAUUCAAAAUAACUCUCAAAUGGAACUCGAAGACGAGGCAAGUAAACUUGUGGAUUCUGUUAGUUUUGUGGCCGAUCAAGCGAUCGAAGAUGUCACAAUAAAUCACAGUCCGACCUUGAAAGACGUGCCGGGUGAACAAUUUGACUUUGUUAAACUUAACGAUGAAGUCCUUAACGAUAAAAGCAAAGAGAAAAUAAGAGAGAUGACUAGUGUAAGAAAGAAAAUCAAGGAAAAAGAGAGGAAGAGGAAGAAAAAAGAAAAUAAAAAUGAAUUGCCAGCUUCAGCUACAGUUGUGAAGAAGGAACUCGUAGAUGGUGAAAGCCUUGAAACAGUCGUUGACUCUGUCUUGGAUGAGAAAAUUGCUGUUAUUUACAAUGGAGAAGGUUAGUCUAAAAUCAAUAUUGCAUUUGUUAUAAUCAUUUCCUUCUGCUAAAGAACAGUUUCCAAGUAAAUGUCAAAUAUGAUUGGCUGUUACUUUGGCAGUGCUCACCUGUAUAUUUUGUGAUUGGCUUAGAAAUCAUUGUGCCACGUUAUCGACCAAUCAGAAGUGAAAUGCAAGCCAACUGACCACUACAGAAAAUACCAUAACAUACCAUAAUGCUCUUUGUUCGUCACCCCAAAAUUUUGCAUAUGCAUUGUUUUCAGUUUCUCUUGGGGCCAUUUUAACUCUUAAGAGAAACUGAAGACAAUGUUCAUGCAAAAUCUUGGUGUGACAAUCAAAGAGCAUUAUGGUAUGUUAUGGUAUUUUCUGUAGUGGUCAAUUGUGACUUUCUAGCACUUGUUCCCGCACUUGGCCUAAGGCGCUGGUUAAUUAGAUGAAUUUCGAGAUCUCAUUGGUCAACUUGAUUGUCUACUCGCAAUAUGAUUGGUCAGACUUAGUACUUUGGUUGAGUGUGUGUGCAGUCACAUGAACGACUGUUAAUUUUCAGCUCUUGAUUUCUCAAAGGAAAUGUGGUCAGUGUUAGUACUACCGUUGGUUAUCUAUCUUGAAGAUUUGGUGAACAGUUGGUUACAUAAGGAUACUUACCGUAACUAGGUUGGCUAAAAUUAUGUUUUGGACUUAAAAGCAAUUCGUUUUUCUUGCGAUUCAGAACAUCAAGAAAAUGGUGCCGUCAACUCGACUGAAAUCAAGGAGGAAGGUAUUUACCUUGUUGUCUGUGCGCCCUUUGUUACCAUUAUUGUGGAUUUACAUUCUCCUUCAAUCUCCAGUGGCAGCAAAGACAGCAACAAGAUAUAUGCAGUCAAUAUUAAUGUGCAGCGGAACCUCGAUAUAAUGAAGGGCUAAGAGACUUACAAAAUUUGUUCGCUAUCGCUAGGAUUCGUUAUAUCGAGGCUCUUUUCCAUAUAUUUUACCAUUACUGGGGUAAAGAAAAUCGUUUGUUAUACCGAGGACCUGGUUAUGUAGAGGUUCGCUAUAUCAAGGUUCCAGUGUAGCUUUGAUUCCUGGUGGUAAACUCAAGCUUUUUUCAGCUCUUAAGGUGAACUAAACAACCCAUGUCGAGCGGAGGCUCCGUCGUACCAUUGGGUGCAGUGGUGUGGAUUUACUACUGUAGUAGCUUAAUUUAGUCGCGGUAGCCAUUAGUGAGAUUAAUCCUUUAAGCCCUCAGAGUGAUCAGCAUCAAAUUUCUCCUAGUAAUACUGAUCAGUGCUUUGUAAAACACAGUGGUCAUGAGAAUUAUGGACAUGACCACUCAAGAUGAAUUUGCUUGAUAUUUUAUCAACUUCGCCCCACUACUUCUGUACGAAGUAAAUAGGGGCAACAAAUGAGAAUUCCAAUAUUGAUCUUAUGGUUUAAAGGGUUAAGCAAAGUACGUUUUUGAGGGACGCACAUCAACCGCAAGUGCUCUUUUUUUGUCGAUAGAACUUUGUGCAGUGAAUAGGGACUUUAAGAUCUAACGACGCGGACGGUAACGAGAACGUAAAAAAAACAAUAGGUUUUAUUAGCAAAACGACAACUUUGCACGCUUUUUGGCACAUUUCGCUUCCCGUUUUUGCACGACUACGACGUGAACAUGCCUAAUUCCCGUUUUAUGGAGGACGUAAACACUGAGCAACGACGAAAUUUUAUUUCUCUUUCUGUACUUGGAUAUGGUAUCUAGGAAUUCAACUCCAGGAGGGUUCGCCUACAUUUGACAAAGUAAGUGGGUAAAGACUGAAAGAACGUAAAUUCACUUUUUAAGCGACGUUCUCAUUGCCGUCGCGUCGUUGGAUCUUAAAGUCGCUGAUAGCGCUUUGAACGUUUUGAACAGUUGGCGAAUUGCGGAGUGAUUAGUAGUCUACUUACAACUUUCGGUAAAAAUCAUUUUAGUUUAUUUUAUUUGUCCUACAGUAGUUGUCAAAGAAGAAGAGAAAACUGAAGUGGUAGACAAGCCAAAACCUGGGAGAGGAAGAAAGAAAAAAGAAGCAGAAACAAAAGAAGUGGAAAAAGGAAGGAAAAGAAGGGGAAAGAAACAGAAUGAGAACAAUGGUAAUUUAUAUCGAUGUGUUCUUCAAUUACUAGAUAAAAUAGGAGCAGGGGAUCGGACGCGAAUGUCUUAUCAUACGUGUGAAAUAAAGCAAUCAUUAUUGAUCUGUAUCCAACGUUUAUGAGUUCUUAUUAGGUGAGAAGAAGGUGUAUCCAAAGUUACGUCUACUAUUAAUAAUUCAUUACCCCAAAACCUGCGACCUGAAUCGCCAAUAGCUCAGUGGUUAGAGCGUCCUACCGGUAUCUGGAAUUCGUGGGUUCGAUUCCCCUUGGGGGGUGAAUUUUUUUCCGAGCAUUUCUCAGUUCUACUUAAAAUUCAUUAACCCAGUUAAUUUGUAUUGAGGCUUACAGAGGAAUAGGUGUGACUCAAUACUACCUAUAUGGCCUUACAAAAGAAAAAGGCUCCGCUCCCUCAGGAUUGGCUUGGGACAUCAAUAUGGUCUUCAAACUCAGGUCUUCGAACCCUUGCAGGUCGUUUUCGUGUGAUAAUAGUGAGUUUACGCAACAGGACGACAGUCAGAAGAGGACGGCAGAACGCUUGUGUGUGACAGACGUGACGUUUCUGGUCUUUUAAAACAAGACCUGUUUAAAGGAGGGUGAAGUUCGGCGGAAGAGUUUUUUUAAAAAAAUUUUUGUCACGCUUGUCACACAAGGUUUGCCUUCUUCUUUCCUCUCCCGUCCUGUUGCGUAAGCUCACUUUCGUGGGAUUUAUCCCCGGUCAGACCAAUAAGAUAAUUAGGACGAAACUACAGUUUGCUCUGCAAAGGAUUACCCUUUGCUUUGCUCCGAGAAAGUCUGAAUUGUGAUCUCCAACUACGGCAUACAAAAGCAAUGUCUUUCAUUAGGGUUCUGUAAUUCGUAAGAAUUUUUUGUUAUUUGAAAUAGAAUAAUCACAUGCUAGAUGUUUGUGUUCCUCUUGUCUUGUCUGUAGGAGAUAAACUUUCGCCGAAUUCAGAGCAGUUCUUUCUGCAGGUAUGUAAAUGUUGAGUUAACGAAAAACUGUUUAGUGUAGUCAUGCGCACCCAGUCUCCCCUCGUCCAAAGAGAGGCAUGGUUUUUGGUUUGUUUGGUUUUGUGUUUCUGACUUUUGGUGUCGUAUGUUGUGAAUAUUUUUUAUUUCCUUGUAAAAUGUCUUAAAUGUAUCAGGUCAUGUAUGUAGAGUCCACAGUGACACGUCGCCUACCUCGAAUAGCUUUUGCUAAUUGUAGUGUGUACGUGUUAUGCAUUUCUUUGCUGGUAAUAAAGUUUUUGUUUGUUUUUUGUUGUUUGUCAUUGGUCCGUUUUCUGACAUCAGUCUCGAGGCACGAGUUAAACCAAUUUAAUUUGUUUGUUUUUCUAGGACAAAGUGUGUUCAAAGUUUUCUGAUUUGCCAAUGUGCAGAGAUUGCCGGGAUAUCAAUGGAGAGAAAACUGGAUUAGAAUUCUGCAGAUUUAACAUGUUUCGAAGGUAGGUAUAUAUAGGCGAAUCUUUGCUGACUGUUUACAUUUUUACAAUAACUUGAGUUUGUAUCGAAACGACCUGUUACCGGUCUAACAAAUCUCUCUUUGUUUACCCUUAAGGUUAAAAAAGAGGAAGAAUGGAAAUGUGUUAAUCGCUGGUUUCCAGCUCCCUGAACACGCAGCUCCUGAAGAUUUCUAUCCUUGGGUUGCGCAGGAUCAAGGUUUGUGUACCUACUAAUUUGUAUGAAUCAUAUUCUUUUUGAAAUGUAGACACUUUAAAGUGAUAGGGGAAAAAGCAACAAAAACACGUUAAGACAAAAACCUGGAAACCUUUCGAUCAUCGGUGGAUUUACAAGAUACCACAUCUUUUAGAUUAACCCGAAUCCCACGUUCAGUUUGUUAGAAUGUCAGGCCAUUGAAGUGGGUGCAAUGUAAAGGUCAAGGGUUUACACCACACCACGAUACGUUAUGUUACGGUGUGAUGGCAAUACAAUGGCCAGGUGCACGUAAGGCGAGAGUAGCCUUUAGUCUUACAUGAAUACGCGAAGAACAAAGCAGUGUGCCUUGGCUGGAUGCUCUUUACAUUGCAAACUUUAUCUUAAGCUGGCCUCUUCACUGAGCCUGCGUUCAAUCUGUACCCGCUGCUAUUUACCCUAUGACGUAAGAAGUGCAUUAAAGCGUUUUUCGCGCCUUUUGUACCAACACAUGGCCUCCCUUGUUGGUUGAAUCCACGUUGCCUCUUUCACGUGGCGGUUGCUUCAGGUUCCUCUCUCCUUUUUCGUUAAAGAUCUGCCAGAUCUUCCGUGUGUGACGCGCAUUUUAGUUUAUAGCACAUCUCACUUAAUUCAUAUUGUAUUUUGCGGAUUGCAGUUUAACUCGAAAAUUAUCUUUCAUUUCAUAGCUGAUAUGAUGGACAAGAGUACGUCUCUUUACGUUCUUUCCCACAUUGGAGAUCAGUUCUGCUCUGUCAUGCAAGAAGAAAGGAAAGCCAUAACACAAGCUGGAGAAAACGGUAACAAAACCAGUCAAAGUUUGAGUGGAACGCGGUGCAUUGUGAUUUUAUAACAAGUUAACAUUGGGUGUUAACUGACAGGUUGUUCAUCAGGGAUCGGGGUUCAGAAAAUUCUCCGUUCACUGCGCAGAAUUCUCCGGCUAACUUUCGGUAGCCUCCGACUGUUUUUUAUUCAAACUUGGAGCCGCUUUCAAAAUAUUCUCCUGCAACAUUACACCUUUCUCCUGCACUAGAAUUCUUAAUGAAAACCCUGUAACAAGAGUUAUUGCAAUUAAAACGGAACGUGUCGGACUGUAGUUAAACACCUUUGGGCUUUUCCCUUACAUCUUCGACACUCUUGGAAAUUAGAAACGGAUGUAGACAUAUAUAUGUGGGCAAACCAGAAGCCAGAUCCCCGUUUAUAAAGGAACAGGUUUAGAAAGCAUAUGAGCGAUAGCAAUAGUGGUAUAUAAUCUCACGUUAGUCUUUAACUUCUGUAGUGAAAGUGGUGUAUAAACGCGCCGUUCAAGGUGUCAGAGAGAUGUGCGAUGUUUGUGCCACCACCAUCUUCAAUAUGCAUUGGGUGUGUCACAGGUGCGGGUUUGGAGUGUGUCUAGAUUGCUACAAUCUGCGAGUCAAGGAGCGGGAAGAACAACCUGGUAAGUGUUUUAAUUUUGAUAAUCUGUUACCUGUUAAGUAUAGCAAUUGAGUGACGUAAAACCAUAUCUAUUCAAUGAUCAUAGACGCAGGCAAUCCAAAGAACCAAUCAGAAUUCGAAAGAUGUAGCUGGCACUUAGCGUGGGAACCCGUGCGAAAACAAGACAGCUCUUUUGGGUUUUACUCUUGAUUGGUCUUAGAAAGUGUUAACCAAUCACACCCUUGAGCUAAUUAUUCCCGCAAUACUUUUGAAAAACCACACCAAUAUAGACAAGCAUGACAUUAAUAGCAAAAGCCAGCAGCAGUAACUACCUCUUGAUCACGAUUUUCGUGACAUUUUUUGUCGUUUAACAACUACCGUUCGCGUUUGAACUCGAAGAAGCUGUUUUAUUUAAGUUCGUAAAAUAGCAUAAUUUGGCUAAAUGCUCUUUCUUUGUCCCUAUCACUUCAGGUCAUGCUGGAAAAAGAGUCUUUGAGUUCAAAUGGUGUAUGUGUUGUCCAGGAAUUUGCCACCAACCGAAAAACUUAUCUGUGGCACAGAUUAUACCGAAGUCAGGUAAGUUAAGACCAACAGCAGUUUUACUUGUUAAAUUACAUCGGUCUAGUACAAUGUGGACUACGAGCAGUGUCUCGUUUUAGUUUGUCGAGCGAAACGCGCGAGACAAGAAAAUGACCACGCGCGUGACUGAAGGCGCGAGACGGGAGAGACGCGUGCGCUCCCCUCACUAAAUCUGAAGAAAAAGAGAGACUGUUCGCAGUCUAAGUACAGUGCGCUUUAAAUCGCUAAUAGUUACGAAGCUUAUCGAUGCUAGACACUGCAAAAGACGAUAAAUACGCCCCAAGAAAUACUACUGUUUUGUAGAUAUUUUGUGACAGCUCUCAAGCUGAAAAUGUUUUGAGAUAAGAAACUUCAGUAGAGGCAUCUUCCACUAAAACUGGAAUUGAGGGCCACGAGAGAAAGUGGUCACCUUGGCAAAAUUUAUGUUUUAUUUUCUGGUUUUUUAUAGACGUAAUAAUCAGAUUCACCUUAAAAGAUGUUAUGGUAACUUACAGGAAAAGGUCAAAUGAUGCAAUAUGACUGUUUAACCCUUUAAGCCUUGAGAGUGAUCAGCAUCAAAUUUCUCCUUGUAAUAUCAAUACUUUGUAAAACAGAGUGGUCAUGAGAAUUACGGACAUGAUCACACAAGAUGAAUUUGUUUGAUGUUUUAUCAACUUCUCCCCACCAUUUCUGUAGAAAAUGUAUAGGGGCAACAAAUGAGAAUUCGGAUUUUGAUCUUAGGACUUAAAGGGGCAAGGGCUAGUUACAUCGGCGUGGUUAAACUUCUCAACCAAUUUUUCAUUCUCAUUUAUAGUUCUUUCAGACCUUGGUGAUGAAUUGCACAGGGCAAGGGAUGCGUGGAAGAUUGGUAAAACAUGUCCUUGUGAAACGUUUGUUGAUGAUGAAGACAAAGAAUCGGGCGCUAAAAUUACGGAGAUUUCUCAUGAUGCUUUAGACAAGACCGAUAAUAAGGAAGAAGAGAAGGAAUUGCAAAAUAGCUGCAAGGAAGUAGCCAGAGAGGUGACUGUAAAAUUGGAACCUGGAUCCGCCGCAGCCGCGUCUGAAUCGGCCAAGUCUGACCAAGCCAGGUCUGAUGAACUUAAGUCUGACUCGGGCAGUUCUGACUUAGGGAAGUCUGAACCAGCUAAGUCUGACUCGGCAACAUCGGCACCACUGAAUCAGAAUCUUCUUGCUGUCGAUAGUGAAUCAGGUGAAGGUGUAGAUGAUGUGAACUUGAUAUGCGAUGAAAGCAUGGGGAUCGAUUCCCCCGCCAGUCAUGAACAAUUGUGGCUUACCGAAGAAAAGCGACGAAACCAUUUCUCGAAAAAAGCUGGCUUUGGCUUGGUUGAAGCCAAACCUCGCCAGAACAACGAGAUAUCCUCUGGUCUCAGUCUACUUAUGGACUACAGCUCAUCGGUGGAGGGCUCCCCGUGCGAGUCACCUGCUAAGAGCGAUAAUCAGACCAAAAUUGGAGCUUUUGACUUCCCGUUUGUAAGCGGACUUGAUCUGCUCGCCCUUGCUUGUGAGAAAAAUGGUGGAUUUUCGCUAUAUGAAAAUGUAACUCAGGAUGAUCAGAAGCACAAUAACGAAGCGGAGUGCUCGAAACCUGAGCCACAAGAUGAAAAGAAAGAGGAAGUGAUCAGAAAUGGUAAUUGUGUUCACCUUAAAGUUAUUAACUAAACUUCCCUAGAACUCGUUUGGAAUGCGACGUUUGUAGAAAAGUGUUAUUUGGCGAAGUAGUUUAAACCCAGUAACUGUGGAUUAGAGCAAAGAGAUUCCAUGAUCAUAAAUCUAACCACACUGUAAUGUAGACUAACUUUCUUAGCAGCUUGAAAAACUCUUUCAUGAAAACACUAAAAAGAAACUUGUACUGUUAGAAAUCCAUUAUUGGCCCUUGGAUUCGCGGGUGCUGUAGAGGAUAUUUAUUUUAUCGUAUCUUGGUGAUACUCUGUUUUAAUCUUAUAACGGAAACCGGCCGUUUCGAUAGGAACUCCAGCAGUGAAACUGCAAGACAGUUUGGAUCACUGAAAAUAUGUUUAGCGCGUGAACAAGAAAAACGUAUGGGGUGAAUAUUACUCAUGCUUUAAACCAAAUACGUGAAACUAUUUACAUCUCGACUGAAUCAACUUUGUAUCGAAACGACUGGUAAGCUUCAAUAACUUUUGUGUUAUCAAUGUUAUUAUUGAAAGACAAUAUAUACCAUUGACUAAUGCGGGAACCAGGUAAUAAUGUUAACCAUUUGCUUUUAUUAGGUUCUGUCCUAGUUGCUACACCCAGUGAAUGCACAAGUGCUGAGAGUUCAGAUGAAGUGCGCCAGGCCACACCCAUUGUGCCUGACCGCGCAGGACUCGAUCCUCCUAUGGAUGCACCACACUCUUGGCUCUGUAAUGGCCGCUUACUGAGACUCUUGGAUCCUAGAGCGCCAGGAAACGUGAAAGCGUUUGAAAAACGAUGGAAAAGGGGCGAGGUAACUGGAUGACUGAUAAAUUAUCUUCUUUUUUUCUAAAUUCUUCAACUUCGCUCAUUCAAGGAAUUCUAUCUGGAUACCUUAACUUUAACUUAAUCUCGGUUGUCUGUCCUUUGAUUGACUGAUUGCUUGAUUGAUUUUUUUUUUUCAUUUCUUUCUUACUUUCUUUCUUCUUUGGCUAGUAUUUAUUUUUUUAACUUAUUUAUUAAUUCAUUUAAGUUAAUCGUGUUAUUCCUUGCAUUAGCCGGUUCUGGUGAGUCAUGUGGACAAGUACAUGAACCUUGAUCUAUGGACACCUGAGGCUUUUGGCAAUGAGUUCGGUAAGUUUUCUUCGUUUGUACUCUCUCUUAGUCUGGUUGCUCAAAGCACGUGUCUUUGUAAACAAAUAGACGUAUUUCAAUGCACUUUCUUGUAUUUAAUUUUGGUUGACAGUUGAAUUUAACUGCUGUUGAAUUCUUUUGUCAAAAUCAGAAGACAGGUUAAGUCCUCAGGCAGUUGCCUACAAAGUUAACUUUAAUGGUAAUACCCCCUGUAUCCUGAACCGAUCCCCCUAAAACAUCGCAUACGUUUCUCUGUCCAACGCGCUUAAUCACCACGUUGCCCUUAUAAUAGGAAGGUCGGCUGCUGUAAAUAGCUUGCUUGUGUCGUGUUUUAUUCAUUUCGUUUUUUGUUCUGUGGUUUUUAGGUUCUGAAAUCGCUGAUGUUGUCAACUGUAGAAAUGGAGUAGUUGUGGAGAGGUUCAAAGUUGGUGAUUUCUGGCUGGGCUUCGAGAGUAUUAAAGGUUUGUUUGCCGAUAAGGCAAAAGAAUGAGUUGACGAUUCCCGAGCUUAAGAAGUCACAUACGUCUUGGUAAAAACUGAUACAAAAUUGAAAAAAAGCUGGCCGCUGUUUUUUAAGAUUACCUGAAUGCCAUCCGUUUCAGUCUUCUUCAUUUUUGCCCAUCCUCGAUUCUGUGUUUCAGUUUUGUUCUUCUUUGUCUGAAUAAGUUAUUUAGAAAUUGCCAUCAAUUCUGUGGUCAUUCGGCAAGCGCUAUGUUAAUUGCCCAAGAUCGACUGUUCUAGCCUUUUUUGAAAGUAGUUAACUCAUUUGUCGCCAAACGUUUUCCUCUCAGAUCGUCCUUUAGACAGCAACGGAGAACCAAUGCUUUUGAAAUUAAAGGUAAAUAUGUCGCUUUUAUUACUUUAAUUAUUUGCUAAUGUUUUCUGUUGCCAAAUCUUUAAACUAAUUUUGAAAUUUGGCAUUUCUGAGAAAUGUCUAAUAAUUAUGGCAUUUUUUUUAUAUUUCAGGAUUGGCCGCCGAAGGAUGACUUCAGUGAAAAGUUACCAACUCGGUAAUUAUUUUGUACCGCACUGCCUUGCAUUGUAAAUGGUUUAUUUUUUACAUGAAGUGUUUUCAUGCCAAUUUAAUCAGUAACAUAACAAUCCGACUUUGAGGCGUGUUACCCCAACCACCACUAAACAUUUACACACAUUAUUGAGGAGAGACCAUGAGAAGCAAAGGUAACAAUGUGUAGGUCCAGGAAAUAUCUAUACCCUCCCCACGGAGGGAAACGGAAAUUCGGGGGGUAGGCAAUUCCCGACGGGGUGGAGGGGUGGCUUUUUGAGGUCUUUUUUCUGGGAGCUUCAAGUAUGAUUGGCAAGUUAUUGCUCUUCGGCGGUGGCUCACCGUUAAUUAUUAGCUAAGAAAGAACUCUACAGGGCAAAAUUGAAUUUAUUAGACCAUGCAUUAGCAUAAAAAAAUGUUUUCUCACUUUAUCUAAGAAGCAAUUACAUUUCCAUGGGGGGUCCCAACCAAGAUGGAAAAUCGCGGAAAUUCCAGGGUAGGGAUAUGACAAGCACCCCCUGGAGUAGAAAUUCCAAGGGGGUGGGGGGUCUAAAGCAAAAGUACCCUCCGUCGUGGGGAGUAUGGAUAUUUUAUGGUACUACACAGUGAUAUCUCCCAGCCAAGGCUUGAACUCGGAUUUCCAGGUCUGAGUUCCUAAUUCACUACGCAUUCACGCAAGACCAGAGAGAAUUCAAAGGUUUCCUUGUUUAAUCAUGUAACAAUUUUAAUCACAUUUUUGUUGUACAGAUUUGAAGAUUUGAUGAACAAUGCGCCGUUACCUGAGUACACCAGAAGAGACGGUUCAAGAAAUUUAGUCUCCAGGUACAAAACUGUUAUUUAUUUUUACUUAAAAGGCUGUGUUGCUUUAAGUUUGAAACAUCUGUUUUUCCUUUUUUAAUAAUCUCCAGGUUGUUAUGAUUUAAGUAACGUUGCCUUUUUUCCUAAGGUUGCCAGACUUUUUUGUCACACCGGAUCUUGGACCAAAGAUGUACAACGCAUAUGGUAAGAGUUUCUUUGAUUUUGGAAUUGUAAUAAUAUUUAUAUUACAAGAGAAAGGACAUCAAUAACCUUCCUCUUUCUUGGGCAAGUGGCAAGUAUGGUUACAGAUUAAGGGAAAUGCUGUAAUGGCAGACAACGCGUAUCCUGUCUUAUCCCUGAGGAUUGAAAAUGUUGUACCGCUGGAGGAACAGGAGACCUUUCUUAUUUGUUUUGUUCGUUUAUUGUUAGGUUCUGCCGCGUGUCCAAAAGAAGGAACAACGAACCUUCAUCUUGAUAUGUCAGACGCUGUUAACGUUAUGGUUAGUAAAACAAUAAGCACUUAAUGACUGGUCCCAAGGGAAACAGUUAAUUUUGUUUCCUCCGCUUCGGGAAACAUUGAGAUUCGAUAAUGAAGCUGGAAAUUCAUUAAGCCUUGCUGAAACGGCGGUCGUCGGUGAACAUUCGCUUGUAACAGUGUACUGUUACCCUCUGACGUCAUAGAUUUUGCAGUGUUGCCCGCUCAGAGAUUUUAGCGGGAAACAGUUUCGUUGUUUGUGACCUCAAAGUAACCAAUGAGAGCGCGCGCAGUUGGGAAAAAAUUUCCAGCAAUAUAACAAUGAUAAUUACCAUUUCCAUCGCCGUCAUCAUGAUCAUAAUUUUCAUCAUUACAAUAAUUAUUUUUAUCGCUAUCGUCGUUAUCAUAGAGGUGCCCGCAAUCUUAAUCUCCAGGGCUGGUUUGUUCAAAGCGAGGUUAAGAGAACUCAGGGUUAGUGCGAAAUUUGAAUUCAAAUAUGAAAACUUAAAACGCAAUAUCAGUUUAAUUCUUUUUGUCUACAAUUUGAUGAUUGGAUGAUCUUAAAAUAACAGACAAAAAAAUUUAAAAAUUUAACCCCGGGUUAGCGCUAAUCGCCCUUCGAACAACUGUGCCCAGGUUACUAGUGCGCAUGCUUGGCACGUAUGUAGCUAGCUUCGUUUGAACUACCUGUAAUACUGAAUGGAGUGCACAGAAGGCAAUCUGAUCACGGGCGUUUGGACCUUUUAUCACUCGGAAUCUGAUCACGCGUGUUUUGACCAUCUAUCACAUAAACGUGCGCAAAUCACAGCGUUAGAGCGAAAGGGUUUUGACCAUCGAUCGUUGUCGCCCGCACUCCCUAACCUUCAGUUUUUACUAGUUGUAAUCAUCAUCAUCAUCAUCGUUACCACUCCCACCAUAACAUUCGUCAUCUUAUUGUCGCGUUCGUUAAAAUCAAGGUCAAGCUCAGCUAAAUAUAAAUUGGAGAGAACUAAGUUGCUUGUCGUCCAACCUCUCUCUUACUCGCGUGACUUUCGCUUAACCGCCUGAUUUCUGGAGCAGAUAUAAAAUUAGUUACAGCAAUUGAGGCAACUGGAGUAAGGUUCGUUUUAUUGCAGGUGUAUGUGGGAGUUCCUAGAGAUGAAGGAGCUGGAGAAAAAGAAAGAGAGGACGCCAUCAAGGCAGUGGAUGAGGCCUGUGAUGAAUCACAGCAAUUACGAGUCCGUCAAGAAACAGCCAGAAUUGUAAGAAAAUACUCGUUUGUUCCUGUUUGAAUUUCUUUUUUCCAUAGGGAAAAUGGAUCAUUAUACGUUUCUGGGAAACUGCCCACCUACCCCUCCCCUAAACCAACAUUUUUGUGAGAAGUAAGUGUGUGUGGGGGGGGGGGGGGGGAGGGUGCUAGUUGGGCAUUUUCCCAGAAACGUAUGAUGACCCAAAUUGAGAAAAUAAUAGUGAAAAAUAAAACGGCCGGUGGCUUAUGACGCCACUUCACUUUGCUAGCCAGAACGAUAAUUCUGAUCACGCGUCGAUUGUUAAAGUACUGCAGAUUGUUCAAGUGCAACUGGACAGAUUCUAUCUAUUCUCCAUGAAGCUGGAGCGCUCUUAGUGCCUAUUCUAAGGUUAUGCGUGGGAAUGGGUCUGGUUUAUGUCGAAUUGCACCAUGGGACUGUUUUGGGGACGAAUUUUGACCCAGUCUCCUACACAAUCUGUAACAGCCAAUAAAAGAAGUGAUCAGCAGCGUCCCCAAAAUAGUCCCGUAAAGGUGAUGUUACACGGGACGAUUUGCAACGACGUUUUUUAGCGGAACACAGGGUUGCAAUGUUGGAACAAUGUUGUAACCAUUCGAAACAAUGUUUUAACAAUGUUGUAACGCUGUGUUGCGCUAAAAGUUUAAACCGAAAAUAUUUAUUUGUGUGGUGUCACACUGUAUGGUGUCGCGGGUUAUAGCUUUUCUUUUAUUCCAGGGCGCGUUAUGGCACAUCUAUGCAGCAGAGGAUGCCGACAAGAUUAGGGAGUGUCUUCGAGAGGUCAGUCGCUAUCUUAGACUUGUGUAAACAUGAAUAUCAGGACAUCCCACUUGUCAAGAACUUGUAGCAUGCCUAAUUUAACACCGUGCUGAAUGUUUUUUGAACUUCAGGUCGCCAAGGAACGGAGAUCGAAACACCCUUCACAUCAUGACCCAAUUCACGAUCAGGUAAGAGCAACAAUAAUGUCUUGAAACAUCAUUCGGAGAGUCAGAGUAAGCUUCCUAAACUAUCCUAUUGCUUACUUGUUUUUAUUUUUAUUUUUGUUAUUUUUAUUUUGUGACUGGUGUGCUACAGGUGGUGACAUAAGCAUAGAGGACUCAGAUUUUUUCUUUGCAUGGCCCAAUCUCGUGACAUAGCGAAUAUUUCAUCUUUUUCCCCCUUGGCAUCGUCGUUUUUAUGAAACGAAACGUUGUGGCUAUCAGAGUGUUUUUGUAUAAUUAUGGGACAGGUGACAGAACUGUGUGUCGUCCAAUUCUGUGUGUAAUUAUACUCGUGGUUACGCCCCACAGUAUGCAUUUGGCAUUGCUGAUCAGUCCUAGCCAUUUGAAGGACACGUGUCAGAUAUAAACCUUAGCUAAUAAAUGAACUUGCAUGAGUCUCUCCGUUGCUCAGUGGUGUUUGUAAGGUCAUAGGUCCGAUUGAUGUUGGGGACUCAGCUGUUGUCUUGUCCAACCUUUGUGUAAUGUCGUUUUUCUUGUUUUUUCGUGUUUUCAGUGCUUUUAUUUGGAUCAUGACAUCAGACAGAGACUGAAGAAGGAUUAUGGAGUGGAAGGUUGGGCAAUCUGUCAGUGUUUAGGUGACGCUGUGUUCAUUCCAGCUGGUGCGCCUCAUCAGGUUCGUCUCGCACAUAACCCAGAGUUACAUGAGUAAUUUCGGCCUCCAAAUCAGGUGCUUUUCUGUUUGGAUAGUCCUUAAGUGUGGAAAUUUUUCUUGCAGGUGCGAAAUCUUUACAGCUGUGUCAAGGUCGCUGAGGACUUUGUAUCUCCAGAGGUAGGGUCGGAUUGAAAUAUUCCAGAAUAUUGCAGUUGUGGAGAUGUUAUGAUAAGAUUGUAAGGACCGUGUCACUGCAGUCUAGUUGAUUUUAGGCUGAUUUAGCAACAGAACGGGAACAUCAGUUGACGACGGGAAAGCGCGCGGAAAUGACUUAACGCGACUUCCGGUACUCAAUUUGCCGCUCUGCCAUUGGUCAAGGCAGUUGUUUGAUUUGAGCGCGCCCUCGUCAACUGACGUUCCCGCUCUAUAAAUCAGCCUUUUAUUAAGUAAAGGCGGUUUUGAGCGAUGCACGUCAACAGGAAGGGAGGUCUUUUUCAUUUUAAAGCACCUUGACGCCGCCAAAUUUGUAUUUCUAAAUGUCUUUACUCUUAUAGAGACGAUUUGUCCAAAAUUUUGGGCAAAACCACCGUCCAAAAAAAAUGAAAAAAGACCACUUCCGGUUGACACGCGUCGCUCAAAAGCGUCUUUAUAUUGCCAACUUCACGCCCUUAUUCACAAUGGAACUUAACGUUGGCAAAAAAAUAAUAAUUGCAAAUGAGAAAAUCGCACCUUUAUGUCAAACAAAUUAGUCUUCCAAGCAUUUUAGCAAACGUUACAACAACAAAAAUGAACUUUGAAAAACUGUUAGGCUAACAAGUUUUCACAAUCCCUUUUAAUCUUUUUUAUUUUUGUCCAUCCGUACGUUGUUUUGUAUCUGCUGUAUUAUUCUUACCUUCUUUUACUGUUUUAAGCUUUUUUAAAAAUGUGUGGCUCAAUUUGGUGGCGGUUCCAACUGUCCGAAUGUCGAUGAUGAAUUUCGUGACACAACUCCUUUAACUUGUUCAAUUUUGCUUAAUGGAGUCAUCUCCAGCUACUUUUGUGACUAUCUUUGGUUGUAUCUCUUCUUUUACUUUUGCCAGCGCAUCGAUCACUGUGUUCAAAUGACGCAGGAGUUUCGUCACUUGUCAGACAAACACACAAACCACGAAGACAAACUUCAGGUAAAAACCGAAUGAUUUCUCUUUUCCAAUUCAGGUUACCAAGUUCAAGACCAAAUGAGCUCCUUGUAAAAUAGUAGCCUGUUCCAAGCUCUUACGUAGCCGCCGCUUAUUUAUUCUUGCAAAGGAAUAUGGAAAAAAAAUUGACGCGCGCAGAGGCGCUUGGGAAAUAGAGAAGAGCUUCCUUUCUUCCCUUGAUGCACCUCAAACUCACAAAAUCCUUCCCAUUAAUCACGGCGCGAAUACAGAGAAGGGACUAGGUACGAGUCUCUAAGAUAGUAAUGUGUAAGAUCGUGAAAACGUACUAACAGGCGAAAUCCAGACUUGACAUAAGAAGAGGGUCGUUAAAGGAAUGCAAACAGGAUCUUUCUCCGUCUUUUCCCGUCUCCGCACCUUCUCCCAGAUCGCGCGCGUCUUGACAUUGUUUUCGCGACCUCCCCACUAUCUAAGAGCCUGGCACAGGCUGCCUUAAAGGGACCAUGUCAAGCUGUUUGCUAUCUUUUUAAAUAAGUUAGAACUUGUCUUCGUAUCAAUUGAAUUCCAAAAAGAAUUGGCCAGAUUUGUUAUUUAAGAAUAUAUUUUAGGCACUGAAACUGUUAUCAGUCGUCUGUUGCAAAGGAUGGCAAGGAUGGACACGGAUGGAAACUUGAAAAAAUUGGGUGAACAUUUUCAAGUUUCCAUGCUAUGUCUGCAAAAGUCACUAAAAAAGUAUUAUGGUUGGUGCUUCCUGAUAAAAUUUGAUUGAUAUCUUUCUCAUAUCUCUAACGGAGCAUUUUGUGAAUGGGAAAAGGCUGUAAGUAAUGACUUCAACCCAGAAUUGACCUAAAACCGCAAUAUACUCGUGGUAUAGGCGAAUCUUUGCUGACGUCACUGUUUACAUUUUUCCUCAUUAGCAUACGACUUAACUCACAGACCUAAAUACGAACUAAAAAUUUUCAGCUCUUUGCGAGCAAUAUUGAGGGAAAUAUCAGCAAUCAAAAACUGCGAAGUUGCUGUGUGGCAAAAAAGUUAAUGAGCCAUACAUUCUCUGUAAAAUUUCGAGUUUUGAGAAGAGAAUUUCUCCGAAACCAUUCGGUGUUUUGGGCUCAAAUUUUCAGGGAUAACUGAAACUGUUAUGCUCUUUCAAUAUUCAGAGUUUUUAUUUUAUUACCGUCAUCAGAUAGUGAUAAGCAUAUGUUAAUGAGGUAAAAAGUGUAAACAAAGAUUCGCCUAUAGCGCCUUUAAUAAGCAUAUGUGAGAGUAAGAAAAAAAAUAAAGAGAAAGUUUAUUUGCGGAGAAAACAAAACAAUGUAUAGUAUUCAUCUGGGCUAAUCAUGUUCUCAAACUAUUCUCAUCACUCUUCUGAUGGUUAAAAGCAAGAACUUUACAGACGAGACGUUUGAUACUGAUUAUAUUCUAUCGCAGGUUAAGAACAUAAUCUACCAUGCAGUGAAGGACGCUCUGAAAUCUCUUCAACACUACGAAAAGGAGCUAUCUUCAACCGAAGAGCAAAGAGGAAAGGAAUGUGAUGGAGUCGGUUAAAGAUUUUUUUUUUCGUGCGUUUGAGGUUGAGAAGCUUUGUUCGGAUGUAGAUCCUUCGCGCGUUUCAGCUAGACUAGAAUGAUAAACAAAACAUUGCAUUGCUUGCUUUUGUUAAAGAAGUAUCAAAUAUUUAAGACGUAGAAAGGCUUUUGGAAAUCGAUGAUGAUCCAACUUGUUUUUCAAAAAAGUAGCUAUGAUUGUUAUACGAAAACCUCUUUGGACAUCCCUUUGCAAUACUUUCCUUCUUUUUCACUGUACAUAUUUCUUCUUAGGAAAAGAAAAAUACGUAUUAAAUCCAAUAGUUUUAGAUAAAGAUAUUUUACAAAUUACUGAACUAGCUGGAACCAAUUAUAACUUGAGUUUGUAAACUGAAGAGCUCAUACUUUUGGUUUCAAGUACUUAGUUGUAGUCAUAUAAUUUGCCCUUAGUAAAAAGUGAGUUAACAAUACUUUAAUCGAUUACUAGUAUUUAUCGUCAGUGGAGUGAGCGUCCGUUGACAGUUGAUCAGUUCUCACCAACAUUCAAGAACGUGAUGUGAUUAUUAAUUUUACGUUUAUUUAUAGGAGUUUUAUUUUUGCAAGCUGCAGCUUUUUGCAGUUGUUUUAUGAUGCAUAUAUACAUAUAUGGAACGAAAAAAACGACAGUGGUGAUAAAGAAGGUAGACAUAUUCCAGAACUAGGAACUGGAUGUAUAAUUGUCUUAUAACGACGUCCUCCUGAAAUUCAUACGAAAAGUACAGAGCGUAAGCCAGGAAGGCCGUGCGGGUGAGAUCGUAUCUCCAGUCUCUUUAAGCUUUGUGUUGCAACCUCCAUGAAAAAAAAAAACAGUACCGUGACAAACAUUUCACUUUUUGGGAGCGCAACGUGUUGACAGUUUUCUCCUGCCUUAGUCAAGCACGGAUUGUUUGAUCUCAGUCAUUCUCAUGAAAAAGUAAAUUGCAGUAAUCUCGAGUUCUUAUGAGCGCCUCCUCCCUCCCACCUACUUCUUCCGAACACAUUUGAAAAGAAAGGUCUUUUCUAUGUCUCACUUUCUUUCUCCCCCUUUUUUUCGUAGAAUACAGGCUUAUAUUGAGAUGUUGGUCGAGUGUAAAUGUAAAUAGCGUGUCUUACUUUACAUUGGCUUGUACAU